UGCCAGACAGAUGCUCCAAUAAGUGCUACCGUGCUAACUAAGCUGAAAAUUCCGAGGCAUCUUACCCGAAACAAAUAACAAAGGCAAAACAGUUUAUAUCAAUUGUACUUCAUCCAUUAUUCAAAAAACAAAAAGGCUGGUUGUGAUUGCUCCCGUCGACUGCAUAAUAAAAGCUGGAGUCUAGCCCCGGAGAUUUCUAAAUGGUGAAAACAGUCUCGCGCCUGCCCCUUCCACCGGUCUUCCACGAGCACUAUCAAGAUGAGCAUGCGCACACGUGCUUUGGUCUUCUCCACCUUCUUCGGCAGCUGCCUGGCUAUCGGUCUCCUACUGGUCAGCAUGACCAGUAACCACUGGGUGCGGGCCAGUCCCCGCCGCAACUCCUCGGCAGAGGCCAAGGGCGAGGUCAACUUCGGGCUCUUCUACGGCAAUCAGCACCUGAAUCCCGGAUUUGGCGUGCGCACCUAUUCGGUUGAUGUUUACACCUUUGUCCGCACGGAGAACGGAGAAACCAGCUUCUGGCUCUGGUUGCUUACCACCUUGGGCACCGGCUUUGGCCUCCUUGCCUGCGCAGUGGCCGCCAUCGCCGCUGUCCUGAAAUCAGCCUCUGCGGCCAAGCGGGGCGGCACUAUGGUUUUGCUACUGGCCGCCAACAUAUCAGCUGCGGGGGCCCAGGUGGUGGCAUUUGUGGCAUGGCUGGUGCAGUUUUACAACUACUUCGCCCUAAACGUACUUCUGGCCGAACACCAGCAGCAGCAUUGGUACAGCACUGGACUGGCCUACCUUGGCUACAGCUUCUACCUGGUCGUGAUCUCCACCACGGUGGUGCUGCUCAACAUCGCCGUUCUGCUCUACGCCGAGCGCCGAGAUCUCCGCGACCGCCAAAGCCUGGAGCCGCCAAGUGAGGACAAGAACAAGGCCGCUACAAUGCUGUACUAAGAGAGAGAAGAGAAAUUCGUAAACCAACCUCAAAGCAUCUGCUUGGAAUUUUAAAGAGCAGCGACACAAAGUAAUCUCAGUGGCUCAACUGUUUGUGCCUUACUUAAGGAUGCCUUUUGCUUGCCAACAACAAGGCCCAUUUAUAUACUCAAGAUUAGACUAGAUCUUACUUUUGGCUCUCGCUGAAUAUUCAGCGUCAUAAGAAAACCUAAAGAAAAUGCACGCACUUCACUGCCAGCACGUUCCGAUACAUAUUUAUACAUACCAUUCGUUUUACAUAUAUACUCGUAUGUCUUUAUAUACCUUUUAUUUACUGCUACCGGCAGCCAAGUAUUUUUAUGUGCAUAUUUACAAAUACAACAACAGUCAUUGUUAAAAAAUAGAAAAGAAA